AUGCUGCUCUCGAACUAUCUCGCUGCCACCUUGGCGGCUUUCGUCGCUAUUUGUGUCUCCGGAUCGAUGGCGAUGAUGAGCCAGCCGGAAGGCGAUGACACUGUCGCUACUAUGGCAGAAAGCCAGCCGGCGCCCACUUUCGAUCUUAUCGUCAUGUUCAAACAGGACUCUGAGGUUGGUGAAUUCGGAGCACUCAACGCUCUUCUGGGGCCCCUUAUUACGGCCACUUGCACCAGUAACGUUCCUGAAUCUACCAAGCCCCCGGUCUCUCAGGACUCGGCUUAUCAAGAUCCUCGCGACGACCCUGGCCCUGCGCAGCACCAUCACAACCCGUUCACCGAACAACUGGGCGGCGGACAGCCAUCUAUGAUGCAAAACAUGAUCGCGCAGUACAAUCGAGAGAAUCCUGCUAACCAGAUCCCCCCUUUCGUCUUUUGCACAUCCUUACAUGGCCCUGUUCGUAUGUAUACGCGUCGUGAGAUUUGGCUAGCUAUUCAAGCUGCAGUUCACGAUAUAGGCUUCGACGUGCGAACUGACGACCGAUCUCUUGGUGCGGCUUGGCCGCGCCGCUUGGGUUUCCAAAGACCGCUUAACUACGGCGACGCCGCUGGACCGGUGAUGGAGUACCCUCUUGGUGCUGAUGAGUAUGAGCUACCUUUAACUCAACCUAUUGAUGAAUCCACCCUCAUGAUGGACCGCGUAACCUUCCUACACGACGGCACCUACACAGGCGUUGUCCGGUACACCAACACCACCCAGUGGCACAACUGCUACCCCCACGGCUGGCACUCCUUCCAGCGCGGGCGCAACGCGACUCGAACCCUCGUCCAGCGAGGCAUGGGCGCCAUCCGAGGCGCCUGGGAUCGCUGGCUCGGCUAUCAGCAUGGCGGUUACGAACGCUUGGAUGAUGAGCGGAACGAAGUCUAUAAUACGUGGUAUUAUUCCUUCUAUGAUGGCUAG